AGAAAAAAAAGGGAAGGCAGAGAGACGGUGGGGACGACUCUCUCGCGCCCUUCCCUUCUCUCUCUUUUCUCCUUUUCCUCUCUGCUUUCCGUUCGCUUCCGUUCCAAUUUUUCGUUCGAAUUUGAAGAAUCAAACUGCGGGAAGGCACACAGAGAGAGAGAGAGACAGAGAGAGAGUUGGAUUUCAGGAGAUCGAGAUAAUUGAGAGGAGAAAUUCUGGAUCUGUGAAGAUUUUGGACGCGCCAGGAAGAAUGCAGGGGCAUUAGAGGGAAAUGCGGUUGGGAUCUGACGGUUGGGGAGUCGCUUGAGAGGGAGAGGCGGAGUAGAACAAAGAGAGAGCGUCGCGGCAUCUCGGAAAGACCCGGACCUUCGAGGUAUUCGAGUGCUGGAAUUUGGGAAGGAGUUUAUGCUGUGAACCGAAGAGUUUGAGAGUUCUGUACCCCGCGUGGUCCGUAGUUUCUUACAUCUUCGUAGAGGGUUAAAUUGUCCUCCUCCGCGAAGCCUGUGAAGGUGGAGGAUGGGGGAGGUUGGCACAGUUGAUCUCCCAGAGAAGACAGCGAUUGCAGGGCAGGAGCGGAUCUUGGUUUCUGUUAGGGUGAGACCCUUGAAUGAGAAGGAAAUAGCAAGGAAUGAUCCGUCAGAUUGGGAAUGUAUCAACGACAACACCAUCUUAUGUAGGAACAACCUCCCGGAACGUGCGCUGUUUCCUACUGCCUACACAUUUGACCAUGUGUUUAACUGUGAUACCCCAACGAGACGGGUGUAUGAGGCGGGAGCUAAGGAAGUCGCUCUUUCUGUUGUUCGUGGGAUUAAUUCAACUGUUUUUGCCUAUGGGCAAACUAGCAGCGGUAAGACCUUCACCAUGAGUGGGAUCACAGAGUACACCGUAGCAGAUAUAUAUGACUAUGUGAGACAGCACGAGGAGAGGGCGUUCCUUUUGAAGUUCUCAGCCAUGGAAAUCUAUAAUGAAGCUGUGAGGGAUCUUCUCAGCACCGAUAGCACUCCCUUGAGGCUUCUUGAUGAUCCGGAGAGAGGCACUGUUGUGGAGAGGCUAACAGAGGAAACCCUCAAGGACUGGAACCAUAUGCAACAUCUCCUGUCAAUAUGUGAAGCUCAAAGGCAGAUUGGAGAGACUGCGCUGAAUGAGACAAGCUCUAGAUCACAUCAGAUUCUCAGGCUGACGGUAGAAAGUUCUACUCGUGGAUUCCUUGGCACAGGCAAUUCAAGCACUCUGGUUGCAAGUGUGAAUUUCGUUGAUUUGGCAGGGAGCGAACGGGCAUCCCAGGUAUUAGGAACAGGUGCAAGGUUGAAAGAAGGGUGUCACAUCAACCGAAGUUUGCUUACAUUAGGAACUGUUAUUCGCAAGCUAAGCAAGGGAAGAAAUGGGCACAUCCCAUACAGAGACUCAAAACUCACACGCAUACUACACUCUUCAUUGGGGGGUAAUGCAAGAACUGCCAUCAUCUGCACGAUGAGUCCUGCAAGAAGCCAUACUGAGCAAUCAAGGAAUACUCUUCUGUUUGCAAGUUGUGCAAAAGAAGUGGCGACAAAUGCACAGGUUAAUGUGGUAAUGUCUGAUAAGGCCUUGGUAAAACAUCUGCAGAGAGAACUGGCUAGAUUGGAAACUGAACUGAGAACUCCCACCAUACCUUCACCCUCACAUCAUUCUGAUGAAAUGUUGAAAGAAAAGGAUGACAAAAUCCGAAAGAUGGAAAAAGAGAUAAACGAACUGAUCCAACAAAGAGAUCUUGCUCAGUCUCGGCUUGAGAAUUUACUUCAAGUUAUUGGCACUGAACAGCCUUCAAGACAAUGGGAGGAACCUUCUGGUGCUCCAGCUUCUGAUGCACUGGAUUUAUGUAAAGAUGAGCUUCUAAUUUCAGAGUCUUUUGGUCGAUACCAAGAACUUAUUUGUGAUCUGGAAGUACUACAUGCAUCACAGAAUGUGGAAGUAGAAGCGGGUGGAGCAAACAAUGUGGAUCCAGUGCUUACAGAAAAUCAUGUUGAUUCAUAUGUUUACUCCCUUGAAAAGGAAGAAGACCAUAUUGAUUAUAAUGAAGUUUCUUCUUGUACUUCUUUUAGUCCAAAGUCUACUGAAUCAAUUCCACACCUAAGUCAGGGGGUUGUUCCUACAUAUUCUAGUGAAGAUUUUGAAGUAGAGUGCAAAGAUGUUCGAUGUGUCCAGGCAGAUGAAUCAAGCACCGAUCAGAAGCUUGACUGCAAGUCCUCCUUUGAAACGGAAGAAGCGAAACAUUUUGCUGAUGAUAGGGACAUAUCUGAAAAUGAGUCAAGCGGUAUACAUUUGAAAGACAUAACUGAAACAGAUUCCUUUAUUGCUCCAGUAGAUCAGAAAUGUGAAAAUAUGAAGAAAUUUACAGGAAAUCUCUAUAGUCCAUAUCCUGAUGAAACAUCAUAUUGGCCAUUAAAUGAAGGAUUUAACAGCUCUAGAAGCUUGAAGCUAACAAGGAGCAGAAGUUGUAGAGCAGCAGUCACUACUGCAUCAUCUCCAUUUUGGGAAGACUAUCCAAAUGACAGCACUCCACCUAGCAGAUUUGAGAAAUAUUUUCCUGGAAGGCCUGAAACCGUUAAGAGGCCACCCACAUUGAGUUUUUCUGCAACAACUGAGGCACUGACUACAGAUACCUCUAAUAACUCUAAUGAAAACACUUUUGAUGUUCAAAAAGCACAGUACAAGUUUAAAACUGCUGCUGAGGAGAAUAUAAGCAGCAUCCGCAAUUUUGUUGAGGAGCUGAAGGAUAGGAUGGCUAAACUUCAGUGUCAGAAGCAGCUAAAUGGUGAAGAGGUCCAAGCUUCUGUUCUGAAUGAUGAAUCAUAUGUUACUGAAGAUUUGCAAAAUGCGAAGUUCGUGGAAGCUGUUCCGGAGGUUGUAGUUCUAGAUUCUGUUGAAACACCUGAUUGGUCUGAUAAGUUUGAGAAGCAACAGAGAAUGAUUGUUGAAUUAUGGCAUGCGUGCAAUGUCUCCUUGAUCCAUAGGAGUUCUUUCUUCCUGCUUUUUGAUGGCGACCAAGCUGACUCAAUUUACAUGGAAGUCGAGCUGCGGAGGCUGUCCUUCCUAAAGAACAAAUACUUCAAUGGAGAUCAUGAUAAUAAUUUUUCCAUAGCUUCAAGUGCCAGAGCUUUGAAGCGUGAGAGGGAGAUGCUUGCCAAACUAAUGCACAAGAGGCUGUCGGCAAAAGAGAGAGAAGCUUUGUAUGAGAAGUGGGACAUCAGGUUGGACAGCAAGCAGCGCCGACUGCAGUUGGCCCGGAGAGUAUGGACCAACACCUCGGACAUGAACCAUGUGCGUGAAAGCGCCCUCCUUGUUGCGCACCUUGAUGGCUUCCAAGAACCAGGAAUGGUUUUGAAGGAAAUGUUCGAACUUAGUUUCACACCUCAAAGAAGCAGCCGCUCAUUGCGUCACUCUUCUAGUUGGAAGCCCCUCUAAUUCAUGACAAAUUCUUGUUUUAACAGAAAAGGUAGACCAUCUGUAUAGAAGUUUGUUGUAUGUGAUUGAUGUUUGAAAGUCGUCGGAAGGCGUGUAAAUGAUUGAUGACCACGAGAUUAACUGUCAAAAGAUGUUUAUGCUAAUCUGUUCAAUAAAUUUGUCCCGUCUAGUUUGUGUUGUCUA